AUGCUCUCGAUGGGCAUCACCCUCACCAUCGACGACUUCAAGCGCGUCCUCACCCGGCCGGGAGUCAUGUUGACUGGCUUUGCCGGCUGCUACGGCUUCAUGCCUCUCCUCGCGCUCGGCCUCUCCAAGGCGUUCGGGCUGACGCCCGCGCUGACGGCGGGUAUGGUGCUGGUCGGCUCGAUCAACGGUGGCCAGGCCUCCAACCUCUGCACCUACAUCGCCAAGGGCGACGUGAUGAUGACGACGGUGACGACCCUGGGGGCGAUCUUCAUGACGCCGCUGCUCUGCAAGCUCCUCCUGGGCACGCUCGUGCCCGUCGAUGCCACCGGUGUCGCAGUCUCGACUAUCCAGGUUGUCCUGCUGCCGAUCGCGGUCAAGAAGGUCGAGCCCUUCUCGCCCAUCGUGGGCGUGCUGUCGACGAUCCUCCUCGUCGGAUCCGCUGCGCCCAUCCUCGCCGCCGGCCUCAAGCUGCAGGCCACCGCCUUCCUGCUGCACGUCGUCGGGGGCGCCGUCUCCUACUUUGGGCUCAAGAAGUUUUACCCAGAGACCACCUGCCGCACGGUCGCCAUCGAGACGUCGAUGAAGUCGUCCGCCUUUGGCUUCCUCCUCGCCAAGCUCCACUUCGGCGAGUUCCUCGUCCGCGUGCCGUCGGCCGUCUCUGUCGUCUGGAUGGCCAUCGUCGGCUCGUCGCUCGCUGUCGUCUUCCGCGCCCUUCCGGCGCCCAAGGAGGAGUGA